AUGGCGGUGCCCGGAGCGGCGGCGCUGCCGCUGCUGCUGCUCCUGAGCGGGGCGGCCGCGGGCUGCGGGGUGCCCGGGGUUUCGGGGCGCCCCGGGGUUUCGGGGUGCCCGGUCCCGGGGCGCCCGGGGCUCACGGCGCCCGUGCCCGCAGUGCGGAACCGGGAGCAGCACGCGGGCGUGCAGUACAUCCUGGACUCGGUGGUGGCCCAGCUGGCCGCCGAGCCCUCCCGGCGCUUCGUCUACGCCGAGGUGGCGUUCCUGGCACGGUGGUGGCGGCAGCAGGGCCCGGCCACGCGCAGGCUGCUCAGGGAGCUGGUGCAGCAGGGGCGGCUGGAGCUGGUCGGGGGGGGCUGGUGCAUGAACGACGAAGCUGCAGCUCACUACGGGGGGGCCCUGCAGCAGCUGGCCCUGGGCCGGCGCUUCCUGCGCCGCCUCUUCGGGGGCUGCGGCGCGCCGCGCGUGGCCUGGCAGAUCGACCCCUUCGGGCACGCCCGCGAGCUGGCCGCCACCUUCGCCCAGGUGACAGCGCUGUCCCCAGGGAUCCUGCCCAACGUGUACGACCCCCCCGCGGGGCUGUGCUGGGACCAGCUCUGCACCGACCCCCCCGUGGUGGACGGGGACGGCCCCGAGCGCAACGUGGACGCCGUGGUCACCUCCUUCCUGCAGGCAGCGGCCACCCAGGCCCGGCACUACCGCACCAACCACAUCCUGAUGACCAUGGGCUCCGACUUCCACUACGAGAACGCCAACCUGUGGUUCAAGAACCUGGACAAGCUCAUUGCCCACACCAAUGCCCGGCAAGCCAACGGCAGCCGCGUCCACGCCCUGUACUCCACCCCCUCCUGUUACCUGUGGGAGCUGCACCGGGCCAACCUCACCUGGCCCCUGAAGACGGACGAUUUCUUCCCCUACUCGGACGGGCCCCACCAGUUCUGGACCGGCUACUUCAGCAGCCGCCCGGCCUUCAAGGGCUACGAGCGGCUCAGCAGCGGCUUCCUGCAGAUCUGCAGCCAGCUGGAAGCCCUGGCCGGGCCCUCGGCACGGGACGGUCCCUACGGCCCUGGGGACAGCUCGGUGCUCCGUGAGGCCGUGGCCGUGGCCCAGCACCACGACGCCGUGGCCGGCACCGAGAGGCAGCACGUGGCCGACGACUACGCCCGGCAGCUGGCCAAGGGCUGGGACAGCUGCCAGGUUCUGGUGGCCAACGCCCUGUCCCUCCUGGGGGGCACCAAGGACCCCCUGGUGUUCUGCAACGCCCUCAACAUCAGCGUGUGCCCCCUCAGCGAGACCACCCCUCACUUCACCGUGAUCCUCUACAACCCCCUGGCCUGGGGCGUGACCUGGCCCGUGCGGCUGCCGGUCGGGGCCACCUCGUACUCUGUGACCGACCCUCAGGGCCAGCCCGUGGCCAGCCAGGUGAUCCCGGUGUCCGGCGUGACCCGGCGGCUGCGGGGCGGCGCCGGGAGGGCCCCGUGGGAGCUCCUGUUCCAGGCCUGGGCCCCCCCCUUGGGGUUCAGCACCUUUGAGGUGAAGCAGCUGAGCCCGGGAACCCUGUGGGACACCUCCAGGUGGCCCUCGGGGACCCCCUGGGACCCUCCCAGGUGGCCCUCGGGGGACCCAGAGCCGCAGAUUGAGAACGAGCACCUGCGGGUCCGGUUCGACCCCGUCACGGGGCACCUGCUGGAGAUCCAGAACCUGGCCAAGGGCAUCUCUCUGCCCGUCUUCCAGAGCUUCUACUGGUACAACGCCAGCGCCGGGGACGGGCUCAGCCCCCAGGCCUCGGGUGCUUACAUCUUCCGGCCCAACGCCUCCGCGCCCAUCCCCGUGGCCAAACGCGCGGCCACGCACCUGCUCAAGACGGCGCUGGUGCAGGAGGUGCAGCAGAACUUCUCGGCGUGGUGCUCGCAGGUGCUGCGGCUGCGCCCGGGGCAGCCUUACCUGGAGCUGGAGUGGACCGUGGGGCCCAUCCCCGUGGCGGACGGGCUGGGCAAGGAGGUGAUCAGCCGCUUCGAGACGCCGCUGCGCACGGCCGGCCGCUUCUUCACCGACUCCAACGGGCGCCAGGUGCUGGAGCGCAGGCGUGACUACCGGCCCACCUGGAACCUGAGCCAGAGCGAGCCCGUGGCAGGGAAUUACUACCCUGUGAACACCCGGAUCUUCAUCAAGGACGAGAAGCUGCAGCUGACGGUGCUGACGGAUCGCUCGCAGGGCGGCAGCAGCCUCCUGGACGGCUCCCUGGAGCUGAUGGUGCACCGGCGGCUGCUGAACGACGACAACCGGGGGCUGCGGGAGCCGCUGGACGAGCCGGGGGCCGACGGGCGGGGGCUGGUGGUGCGGGGCCGGCACCUGGUGCUGCUGGACACAGCGGCCGCGGCGGCCGAGCAGCACCGGCCGCGGGCACAGGAGACGGUGACACCGCCCGCCCUGGUGCUGGCACCGGGCACGGGGCCUCACCUGCGCCAGGUGUCGGGGCUGCGCCGGGCGCUGCCCCCCAACGUGCACCUGCUGACGCUGGAGCCGCGCGGCGCCGGCGCCGUCCUGCUGCGCCUGGAGCACCUGUUCCAGGUGGGGGAGAGCCACAACGGCUCCCGGGCUGCCAGCGUGGACCUGACGACCCUUUUCUCGGCCUUCACCAUCACCUCAGUGCAGGAGAUGGCGCUGGGGGGGGACAUCCCCCUGCACAGCGUGUCCCGCCUGCUCUGGAACACACCCACAGGCACCCCCAAAGCCCGGCCUGUGGCCAGGCUGGACCCGCGCCGCGUGCGGCUGGAGCCGAUGGAGAUCCGAACCUUCCUGGCCUCUGUGCGGUACCGGGGGCCGGGGGGGUCCUGAGAAACCCCCCACCCCAAAAAAAAAGAAUCCAACUCAA